AUGAAAACGCCAUUACCGUAUCGAGAUUUUGAGUUUCUCGAAGACAUCUCGAACUUUGAUAUAAACUCUCCAGAUCCGACAAAAGGUUAUAUACUUGAAGUUGAUUUGGAGUAUCCGGCGCACUUGCAUGACAAACACAAAGACUUGCCUUUUUGUCCUGAACAUGGAAAACCACCGGGUAAGAAACAAGAAAAGUUACUUGCAACCGUUUUCGAUAAAGAGCGCUAUGUUAUCCAUUAUCGAACUCUACAACACUGUCUAAGUCAUGGGCUCAUACUCAAGAAAAUACAUAGGAUAUUGCAAUUUGCUGAAGCUCCAUGGCUGGCAGGCUACAUUGAUCUGAACACACAAUUGCGAACGCGUGCAACGAAUGAUUUUGACAAAAAUAUGUAUAAACUAAUGAAUAAUGCAGUUUUCGGUAAAACGAUGGAAGAUGUGCGCGAACGUAAAAAUGUUUCAUUGUUAACAGAGUGGGAUGGUAGAUAUGGAGCGGAAGCGAUGAUUGCAAAACCGAAUUUCCACAGUCGCAGUAUCUUUGCUGAAGACUUGAUAGCCGUUGAAUUGCGUAAGCUUGAGUUGAAAUUUGACAAACCAAUAUACGUAGGCAUGUCAAUUCUCGAUAUAUCGAAAACAUGGCUGUAUACGUUUCAUCAUGAGUUUAUGACUCCAAAGUAUGGGGAUAAAUGUUCAGUAAUGUAUACAGAUACAGAUAGUUUGAUAUAUGAAAUUGAGUGUGAUGACGUUUAUCGAGAUAUGCGAGAAAAUCUCUCCAAAUUUGAUACGAGUGACUAUCCCAUUGACAAUGCUUACCAUAUUCCGCUUGUCAAUAAAAAGGUUCCGGGUCUCAUGAAGGACGAGAAUAAUGGAUCCAUUAUGACGGAGUUUGUGGGGCUCAGGUCAAAAAUGUAUGCCACGCGUGUCGAGGGUAAAAAAGAUGUAAAGAAGGUUAAGGGUGUGAAGAGCAAUGUUGUUGCGAAAACAAUAAACUUUGACGAUUUUGUAAAAUGUUUAAACGAAGAGACUGAAGUGACACGUUGCCAAUCAGCAAUUCGUUCAACAUUACAUCAGGUAUAUACCAUCUCAGAAACAAAAAUUGCCCUGAGCCCACAUGAUGACAAGCGUUAUAUUAUACCGGGGACGGUGGAGACAUUGCCGUGGGGUCACUACAAGAUCCCCAUGUACUCAAACAUUUCCGAUGAAGAGAUGCAGAUUUAA